UCGACGAGUCGCUCAGAAACUCAGAGGCACUGAUAAAGGAUUGUCCUAUGAAAAUUCUACUAUUUUUCUUAUCACUUGCCGCCGUACUACUUCUCCUUCCUAUCUCUUCCCUCUCCCUUCUGGUCCAAAGCUGUCGCUUUCCUCGAUUCUCUCAACCCCUUUAAACUUUCUCAUCCUUCCCUAUCCUCCCAGAAAACUAUAAAAUAUCCUUCUAGGUCUUCCUGAGUCGCUGAGAGAUACUUUCAAGUCACUCUCAUUUGCCGUUGGUUUCAUUUUAACUCUGAUAGUCUGAUCUCCGACUCUGUGCGGGCCUCUGUUGGCUGAGUGUUGCUUCUCUCAAAUUGUAUCAUGCAACAUAUUUUUGCCUCGGAGAUAUUAAAGUAGCGCCUCUGUGCCUGAGUUUAGAGAAGAAUGGGGGUUUACCUUAGCACUCCUAAAACUGAAAAGUUUUCCGAAGAUGGUGAGAAUGGCCAUCUUAGAUAUGGUUUAUCGUCCAUGCAAGGAUGGCGUGCAACAAUGGAAGAUGCUCAUGCUGCAUAUCCUGAUCUGGAUGCGUCCACUUCAUUUUUUGGUGUUUAUGAUGGGCAUGGAGGGAAGGUGGUUGCAAAGUUUUGUGCCAAGUAUCUUCACCAGCAGGUGCUUACAAGUGAAUCAUAUCAAGCAGGAGAUAUAGGAACCUCUCUUCAGAAAGCCUUUUUCAGAAUGGAUGAGAUGAUGCGUGGCCAAAGAGGAUGGAGGGAAUUAGCAGUCUUGGGGGAUAAGAUGAACAAAUUUACUGGGAUGAUAGAAGGGUUGUUUUGGUCUCCCAGAAACAGUGAUAAUAAUGUUCACGUUGAUGAUUGGGCUUUUGAGGAGGGCCCCCAUUCUGAUUUUGCUGGACCAACUUCAGGAAGCACAGCAUGCGUUGCAGUUAUUAGAAACAAUCAGUUAGUUGUUGCGAAUGCUGGUGAUUCACGUUGUGUGAUAUCUAGAAAUGGUCAGGCAUACAACUUGUCAAGAGAUCACAAACCUGAUCUUGAAGCUGAGAAGGAUAGAAUUUUAAAAGCGGGUGGUUUUAUUCACGCGGGACGAGUUAAUGGCAGUUUAAAUCUGGCCCGAGCUAUAGGUGACAUGGAAUUUAAACAGAAUAAAUUUCUGCCCGCUGAAAAACAAAUUGUGACUGCCAAUCCUGAUAUAAACACUGUUGAGCUUUGUGAAGAUGAUGAGUUUAUGGUGCUAGCAUGUGACGGCAUAUGGGAUUGCAUGUCAAGCCAGCAGUUGGUAGAUUUUGUGCAUGAACAACUGCGUUCGGAAACUAAACUCUCUGUGGUGUGUGAAAGAGUUCUUGAUCGGUGUUUGGCACCGUCAACUGUGGGCGGCGAGGGAUGCGAUAACAUGACAAUGAUAUUGGUGCAGUUCAAGAAACCCACUCAAUUCACAGCAGCAGUAGCAGAAGAGCAAUCCUCUGAAGCUGAAGCUAAUACGGAGGAGAGAAGCCAGAGUGAAUGAGUGGGCUUUGUUUUCCAAAUGUAGAUUGUAUAGUGUGUGUGACUGAUCCACUGGUUAGAAUAAUACACAAACGCAACAAUCCUCCGUAUUUGAUGUAUAAAAUAUCAAAUGUUGUACCUUGUCGCCUCCUCCUUCUUGCGUUUGCUUCUGAGCUGCUCAUUCUGCUUUGCUGCGUUUGUAACUCUUAAUCAUCAGUAUUUGUAAAAAUUUAUAAUUAUAAUUGUACCAGUUUUAUCCCCUA